CUCAUCCGCUGUUGCUGGCAAGUUCCUGGUCCCGAAGUUAUCGGACUCCGAGUCUGUUCAUUUACCGUACCUUCGAGCUCCCAAUCCUUUUGAACUCGAUUCUUAGGGGAGAUUUAUCACUGGAAAGACGCUCGAAAGUUGCAAGUCGCAACAUGAUCGAGUUCUGCUCGAUCAAUGGAAACAGUGGCAGCAUCACAACAGCUAUUAUGUAACAGCCUCGUCACUGCUUUGAGCCGUUAUAAGCGCCUAACGGCAGUGGAACUGCGUGUGUAUCUCCCACCACCCACGCAAGAGCCACUAAUCACUCACAUACGACGCCGACGACCUCAUGCAAGAUAAUGUCUACCUCCCUCAAUUUAUGACACAGAAUCUUGGACCACCGAGAGAACACUCCAAUGCGCCUGUCAAGUUUUCCUCAGAAAACAAUUAUGUGAGUAUUCGCCUUGCCGACCAAGAAAACACUGAAAUUCCAGCGCAGGAAUUACUUUCAAAUAUAAUUAGCUUGCUCGAGCAGUACGAGAAGCAGCUGGCGAUACAUUAUGGGAUGGCAAGUGGAGCAACACCAGACGUUGAUUCGGUCGCGGUGUUCCAAGAGGCAAAAGCUAGGGCGAUGCGCAAGAAAGACGGCUCUUCCCUUGCGGCAUAUCAAUUUCUCCACCAACUCUAUCGCAUUAGGCUCCGAUUUCAAUACAAAUCCAUUACAUCACCGUUCCUUGCGAAGCAGGACAGCCCCUCGACCAUCGAGCCACCUCUUGAAGUGGAGCGCUCAACAUUCUGGGCAGUGAUAAUAGGCAUCGACGCGUAUGAUUCGUAUCCAUUGCAAGGAUGCGUAUCAGAUGCCACUUCAAUGGAGAAAUACCUGAAAGAGGACUUGGGCGUGCCGCAAGAACGAAUACAGCUACUUCUUGGUUCUGAACACAGCUCGUCCGAAGACCUCUUCUUUCCAUCCCGUGUCAAUAUUGUCAACACACUUCUUGGUCUCAUUGAUAACCCUCAAAUCGAAGCAGGUGACAAUAUCAUCAUCUACUUUUCCGGGCACGGUUCGCGCUACUUCUCAGAUGCAUCCUUAUACCGCGACACCGAUUCUGAGGAGGACGAAGGGAGCCCUAUUGAAGUAGAGGGAUCCAUCGAAACCAUUUGCCCCAUUGACAGAGAUACCUUCGAUGCCAGUGGGUUACGAAUCCCUGACAUCAGCGACCGAGAGAUUAACGCUAUCUUCCAGCAGAUCUCUCGAAGCAAGGGCCACCGAAUUACUUUUAUCCUCGACUGUUGUCAUUCUGGUAGCAACAUUCGGCAUUUCCCUGAGCCUGGUACACGUACUAUUCCCCCACUACCACGCGCGUCUCUUCAACGCAUGCUCCACAUGGCCGAUGGUAGCCUUGGUCACUAUCCUACGUACAAAUCGAUUUCGGCGACGGAUUGGCGCCCAGAUAUGUCUUCUCAUGUCGUUCUCAUUGCGUGCAAGGAAUACCAAACAGCGAGAGAAGUGGAAACCGAAAGGGGGUAUGGAGGGAUUUUCACCGACGCGCUUCUUGGUACCCUUCGAACAGGGAAUCUGAGUGAAGAGUCGACGUAUGUUGAUCUUCUUUUCUCGCUUCCACGGAGGCGCGGUCAGACACCUGUUGUUGCUGGGAAGCAUAAGCGUGAGCGCCUCUGGUACAAGGACUAGGUAGGCGGACUGUAGCUCGUC